AUGCCUAGUCGUACGAGGCCUAUUCAGAAGGUUGCUCUGGCAGUCUCCCAUUGUAGCACGGAGACAUCUGUGUACGGCAAAUGUAUCGUCUCCGAUUACAACGCCGUUCACAAAGAUAAGUGCUUGAAAGAAUUUAUGAAGCUGAAGAAUUGUUACCUGAUAGGCGUGUUCUAUCUGAUACUAUUGUGGUACCUGCCUAAUCAGUCGACGAAGACAACACAGGGAACAGCGCAUUAUAGCCCAACAUCGCCAUCGCAGCAUCGCAACGACCCGGACCGACACGUCUGGCCGACUCCCGAGCCCACGAAGCUACGCCAUAGCAUUGCAACUAACACGGAAGCAGAAGCUGAUAGCAGUCCCGAACAAAUCUAUCAGCUAGUGACUGGUUUGAUCGAAGAGGAUUUGCUGUUUCUGCUUGCCGUCAACCUCUGGAGAUUGCCAUUCGAGUCCCGAAAGGACACACAAGUCAUAUUUUCUUACGUCUUUCGAUUCCGCCCGACCACAGCAUCCCCCAAGAGUGACCCAAUUGCACUGUCCUACGUGGUGAACCAAAGACCGCAGGUCCUUCUCGAGCUAUGCAGAGGUUACGACCACAAGGAGAGUGCAACGCCGGCUGGCUCCGUGCUGCGAGAAGUUCUCAAGUCCGAAUCUGCCGCCGCCGCCAUUCUGUACGAUGAUGGAGAUCAGCCAGGCUCCAGCUCCAAAGGCCUCAGUGUCAUUGACAGAGAUCGAAAACAGACCGGCACGGGCGUAUUUUGGAAGUUUUUUGAAUGGGUUGACAAGAGCUCAUUCGAGGUCUCGGCUGAUGCAUUCACUACAUUUCGUGAGCUUCUAACUAGACACAAGGAACUGGUCCCAAGAUACCUGUCCGUCAAUUUCGACUUGUUCUUUGACAAGUACAAUAGCAUCCUGGUGCAGUCAAACAGUUACGUCACGAAACGCCAGUCUAUCAAGCUACUUGGUGAGAUCCUACUGGAUCGGUCCAACUACAGCGUUAUGACAGCCUACGUCGACCGCGGCGAACAUCUCAAGAUCUCUACUGUCGUUUUUAUCCCAUUUCUUGGAGGACAGAACAGAUGA